AUGUCAGCUACUUCCUUUCAACUUAGCGACCGUACGAACGAGACGCCUUCGUCCAACGCCUCGAGUGGCUCCCUGCCGCUUCAAAGCGCCCCUUGUGACGAGGCCACCCGCGCCACGUGCCACGCGAAGCAUCUACACAAUGAAGUGCAACCCCACCUGGACGUGAUUCACCGAGAGCUAGAGGAGCUGAAGCACCGUCGUGAGCGCCUUGAGGCUCAGCGCAAGGAACUGCUCCAGGGCAAGCGUGGAUCCGCGGAGGGACAGCGGACGGGAUGGAUUUCGGGCAGUGUGUCGACGCAUGCGGGCGCAGCGAGAACAAACUCAACUCCCGGUCUUACCGGCGCUCACCCCCGCAGCGAGAUGGAGUCUCUUGCGGCCUGCCCCGCAUCGCACGGAAGUCGUGAGCGGCAUUCAAAAAGCUCCCAUCACGACUCUCUUCUGCUUGCUGGCCUGAGGCCUAUUCCAUCGGAGCAGGAGCGGCGACGUAUGCUAAAAGCGACUCCGCAUCUCGCCAUCAAAAAUGCACUACGCGAUGCGGCCCAGCAAGACAGCACUCUUCUCAUGGGGACUUUCUUGCUAGAAGACAACCCGCAUACGUGUACCUUUAGUCGAGAACGUCGCUUUCGUCCUCUGCUUGGCCAGAGCGGGAAGUACUUCCUCAGCACGGACUUUGCCGCGGAGCAGUGUUUCAAUCGUAGCCACGCACACGCUGUGACGUCUCUGAAGGCAUGGGGUAGCAGUAGUCAGACGCCCGGCCCAGGCGCCUACACACCCCGAUACAGCAAACUUUCGCGUGCACCACGCGCGUACUAG